AUGUCUAACGACACAUACAAUAGUGAACUACAAAAACCAAAUAUUUAUAACAAAUAUUUGCCGUAUUACGAAUCGAUCCAAGAGCAUAGUUCGAAGUCAUUCGAUGAAAUUUGCGAGAAUCUUUCACGUCUCAUACAAUCACAAGAACUACAACCUGGCUUUCCUCUCUGGACAUCGAAACUACAACAAUUCAUAUCUCUCUAUGGAUAUUCGUUUACCAAAACAGAUCAUUUAAAGUUGAUACACUUCUAUCUGGCGAUCCUUUCGAUAAAAACUCUCAAUUAUAUCAAUGCCCAAAUAUGUUUCAAUAUGCUCAGUCAACUUCUGCGCAAAACAUAUUUGAUUACUCGGCAAGAUUUGACUGUCGAUUGGCAUAUUCUAUACAGUUGGGCGAAACUGGUUCUUUUCAAUCAUGAUGAAUCCUAUUCAUUGGUUGCUCUGCCUAAAAAUAUUGAUAAUUCUUUGCUGUUCUGCAUACGUAGCUGUCGUCCGUAUUUUUCUGACACAGCAACGCAGGAGAUUCUUGACGAGUUUCGACCAUGUUUAUGCCCGUUCGAUACAGUCUGUGGUGAUGUGAUGAGCUAUUGGGAUGUGUUCCUACCAGUUCAUCUUCCCAAAGAAUUACAUCAUCAAGGAUUCAAAUUAUGGUUACCCGAAUUCUUGGAUAUUUGGGACACAGUUUGCAACAAUCCAGAAUGGGAACAGAGUUUGAUUAAUCUAUUUUCUUUUCUUGCUUGGUGUAACAUUGGAUAUAUCGAUUGGCAAUCUUGGCUUCCACGAAUUUUUACGCGAAUUUUAAAAAAUCUUUCACUUCCAGUUGGGAGUACGGAAUUACCCGAACCGACACGGCGCUAUUCUAUAUCAGUUGUGGCAACAUGGAUCGUUGCCAUGAUGGGCAACAAUAGCGCAUGCAUCGGAUACUUACGCGAUUUGGUAGCUGCCAUCCGAAUCUUUUAUCAUCCAUCAAACACUGGAGAAUUUCAAGGGGAACUAAUCAAUUUUCUUUCCAUGCUCGCUCAAACGUUCGUUGAUCGAGUUUAUUUGGAACGUUCAAGUCAUGCAGUAUGGUAUUUCAAUCCAUCUGAGUCUCAUCGAUUAACAGAGAAUGAUAUAACAGAUUUCGUCAAUUGUCUCAAAGAAUGCGCAUUCAUUUCAAUCUUCAACAAAGAUCAUUUAGAAUUAGCGGUUGAAACAUGCUACUAUCUUUCACAACUUCGACCUGAAUUAAUUGUUCCACCAUUAGUUGAAUUAUUUUUCUCAUCUAUUGAUAAUCUCACCGAGCCACAUCGUUUCUUAUCAAUAGUUACUUGUCUGACGGGAUUAAACCGACAAAUUGUUCGUCAAACAGCGGACUUUGUUCAAGGUCAAACAUAUGUGCUUCCAUUGCUCAUGUCCGUUUUACCUGGUAUCGAUUCGAAUGAUUUCAAGAAAACAUCAGUGACAUUACAAUUUCUCCAUGCUAUGCUCAUGCUUAUUACAUGUGUCGAUUGUUCAUCGGCGAUACAAACACGCAAUGAUUUGAGCGAAAUCGAAAAAGAAGUGUGCUUAUCGACAAGUAAAUUCGAAGAUCUCAUUAGUGAACUUCUCAAUCGUAUCUUUCAAAUGAUCGAUACAUUAUCAGUUGAUAUAUCGGAUGUUGUCAUUUCGACUAAUGCUUCGAAGAAAGAGUAUCAUCAUAUUGGAUUGGAAUUAACAUCGGUUAUUUCAGCUAUUUGUCAACAAUGUAGUACCAAAAUAUUUCAAAUGAUUCGAGAGAAGAUUACAAAUUUUCUUGCGACGUAUUCGUAUUCGGCAAAGGUUAAUCAACUUGUUACUGGACUUGUUCAAGCCCUUUUGAAGAGUAAUCCAAAUGAAACAUUGAAAUAUCUUCUACCUCAAACAUGCGAAUGUAUUGAAAAGAUUAUUCAUCAAUCGAAUAAAACAAUCUUAGAUGAUCACCAUGGAGAUUCGAAGCUAACUUGGUAUUUAACUCUCUUUUCUGAACUUGUCUCUGCACGUGGGGAUGCGCUGAUUGUCUACAAAUCGAUAAUUCUCUUCGUUUUUCGCCAAUGCCACCAUAUUACCCAUCAAGAAUCGUCAGAAGCAAUGGCCAAAGCAGCGAAAAACUUGCUAAAAUCCUUGUCCUAUGUGUACCCAAGUGAUUAUCGGUUAAUCGUAGAAAACAUCGAAGAACCAUUUUUAGACUGUUUACCUAUUCGAACAUGGGGACAACAUGUUGAAUAUGAUAAACUUCAAGUAAAAUAUCAUAUUCCCAGUGAAGAAGAAGUCGAUUUUGCAUGUGAAUUCGUCGAAACAUUCCUCUAUUCGGAAUUACGAAUGUUCAAUGAAAACUGCUCGAAAAUGUCCAACAACGAACGUCUACGAUCGCUUAGAUUUAUACACGAAAUCGCACUCGGAUGUUUGCGUAUGGUUCCCCGAAUUCAAAGCGAAGAAGUCUCAAAUCUAGUUUCAUCAGUAACACCAUACGAUUUCAAAUGUCAAGCUCAGUAUUCUCUUUAUGCUAAACAACCGAAGUUCGAAGAGAAUCUACGAAUGCGUCUACUCACCGAUUUCGGCGGACUACUCGAUCAUCUUAUUCAAUAUCAUUCAGAUGAUGCAACCGCAAUUAAAAUAGCACUUAAAAUCUAUUCACUUCCAGCGAUGUAUUAUGGUAAUUUCGAAAAAAGCACUAACAAAUUGUUGAAAGAGUUCAAUCAACUGAAAUAUGCAUUCAAAACUAAGCUUUGUGGACCUAAACAACAUCCUCGAUUUGUUAUUGUACAACGUCUUGCCGUACAACUCGAGUUAUUCUCCGUCAGUAAUUUUCGAACAUUGACCAAAAUCGACCAGCAGGUCAUAUGGAAAUUGUUUGAAUUAUCCAUCAAUCGCUACAGCGAAGUUCGUCGUCAAGCUCAAACAAAUCUAUUCGAAAUGCUCGGCCAUUUCUUCUUUUCGUAUCAAGUUAUUCUUGAUCGCAUUGUUGAUCUACUAAAUCAAACGAACGAUGUUGAUCAUGAUCAACUCAAAGGAUGUUUAUACAUACUUCUUGGAAAUGAUGCCAAUUUUCUUCCUGUCAAACAUUCGUGGGUGAUCGUCGAAAAAUUGUGGCCAUCCAUCGCUUCUACAAAACAUGCAACUAAGCUCAGCACACAAAAUCUUCUUAAUUCGAUUAUCUAUCAAAUGUGUCAACGAUACCAUACAAUGGCAAUUGUAGAAGAUACAAAUGAAAUUGCGCGAAAAGUAGCCGUUGACUUAUGGCGUUCGUUGGAUGAGCAUGAUUUGGAAUUCUAUAAUCGAAUUUGCAAAGAAAGAAACGAUGCUAACAUUCAUUCAUAUCAAAAUGUUGUGGAGAAAUUAACUUCGUUAUUCUACACUGAUCAAUUAACUUGUCGACAACAAGUAACAGCGAUAACGUUCAUUAUGUUUCUCUUCCAAAAGCAAGUUCAAAUUCCAUUGUCAUGUAUUCGAAUGACAGUCGAGUUUCUUAUUCAUGAGAAUCAAAAUAUUCGCAAGGCAGCGGAACGAUGUGUGUCAGCUCUCUGUCGAAUACAAAAGCCACCGAUAAUUUAUCUGAAAAAAUCGCUUCACGAAAUCCUAUAUCAUGUCAAAAAACCAUGUCCCGGUGAAGAUUGUUGCUGUCCGGGUGAUCGUGAUGAUAAUCUAUGGAUAACAAUAAACGAUUACAAGCCAGCUGAAACACAAGCUGAAUGGGAACAAACAUGUUUUUUGGACAAAUGCUUCCAUGGAUAUUAUAAGUGGCCAAAAAUUAUCAAAUAUCCUAUGAAUAAACGUGAACGCUAUGUCAAAGGUGCCAUGCCAGAGCACGUUUCUGUUGUGUAUGAUCGAUUUAUGGAUAAAAGUUUUCUGACGAAAUCAGUUCAAUAUUGGAUUAUGGAUGAAGAAGAUAAUAGGAUUAACUUCGAUAUACAUCGAUUUCGAAUCUUCAAAGGUUUAUUUCGAAACUUUGGUUCUGAUUUAAUACCAUUAUUUUUCGAACAAUUGAAUAUGCUUAUUCAUGAGAAAAGCAAUUCAAAACGUGAAGGUAGUCAACGGGUUGCAGCUGAAAUCGUGGCCGGAAUGAUUCGUGGCUCGAAAUAUUGGACAUUGGAAAUGUUAGAUCAAUUAUGGGAAAAAUUAAUUGCCUUACUGACGGAAGUUUGUCAGAAUCUCAGUCCAGAGACGUUACAAUAUUGGGGCGCAUGCUUCAAAUUCGGCAUGGAAGAUUUAGAUCCUCGACGAAUGCAUCGUCUUAUUGAAUUUAUUCAUACUUUAAUUAAAGAUCAAACCAUUGUUAAUACAUUUCUUGAAACAUCACGAUGGUUUCUAGUUUUAAAAUUAACGAAUUUCGAAUGGCGCGUGCCCGCGAUAUGGUGUACUAUCAAUGAAUAUGCAAAAGAGAUGCUUGAUCAUCCUUAUAAAGCUGUGCGAGAGCAUAUAGCCAAUAUUCUAUCUGUUUCGCUCAGUUUCGAUGUGAAAUUACCAAAUGGACAAGCAACACGCCAUCCGGAUGCGAAUCGAUUUAUUGAUACUAUUCGCGAACGAUUACAUCAAGCGAUAGAGAUUUAUGAAAAAAAACCAUUAGCCAAUAUCAUUGGACACACAGUUGAAAUCGAUCAAGAAGCUCGUAAAGCUUUGAAUUUCAUCGAAACAGUUAUUCAAUUUCAUACUCGUAUAUUCAUGUGGUGUUUACAACCGAUGAAGAGUGCUAUUAUUCGAAUAUUUCCUUAUCUCUGUGAAUUGGAGAGUAUCGCUUCGAGUGAAAGUUUAACAACAAGUCGAAUGUAUGUAGCUAUGACCUAUCUUCAUCCACCUUUUCUACAAGCAUUAAUUGAACAGUUGGAACAAGUUUGUAAAAAUACCAAAUGGCACGCUCGUCGUGCAGCGAUGGAAUUUGUGCAAAGUAUGGUGUUCUAUAACUUUUUCAACGCUCGUGUUUACACAAAACAACUGCGAGAGCUUGUCUUGAAAUGUCUAUCUGACGAGCAACUGGAAGUGCGCACAGUUGCAUCAGUGACACUCGCUGGGUUCUAUCAAUGUGGUUACAUUCAAGUUAAUCAAGAAGAUUUCACACAAUUUCAUACGAUGAGUAAAACAAACUAUUUUUCGAAAGUGAGCGGAAAAAAAGUGGUAUCAACUGGAAAAUUAAUCAAGCGACACGGAGGUAUUCUUGGUCUCUGUGCGAUUGUUCUCUCAUCUCCAUAUGAUAUUUCAAACUACGUUCCUGAUGCAUUGAUGCUUCUGUGUGAACACUCACAUGAUCCUGAUCUUAUUCAGAAAUCAAUCAAGAAAACCUUAACAGAAUUUCGUCGUACACAUCAUGACUCUUGGCAUGAACAUCGGGAGAAAUUUACCGAUGAUCAACUUGUCAUCCUAGCUGAUGUAUUGAUAUCACCAAAUUAUUAUGCAUAA